AUGCAAGAUAUAUCAUUGGACGACAGUAUAUGUAUAUUUGAAAAGGAUAAUACAGGUGAUGUCUUGUUGACAUGGGUGUUCCCAUCGAUCGAUGACACAUUGCGACAGGUUGCACUGAACAGAACUGGACUGCAAAGCAACAGGAUCAACGCACAGUUUAGUUUCAGCAAGUAUAAGAACACAUGGAUAUACAUCUACACCACUUCAAUCCUUGCUCAAAAGGACAAGGAUCCAGAGCUCACCGUACCAGACUCCAUCAAGCGUGUAGUAGUCUACUCAAUCUGUUUGUUCAGAAAUAACUUCAACCCAGAGAAAUACGCAGCUCUGUCACAGAUCAUGUCGAACAUCUAUUUGAAGCUUGGCGACCCUUCAAAGUUGCUGGAGUGUCAGCUGCGAGCGUUGAACAGAGGCAUGUUUGAUGUUGGCCCGCUCGGCAAGUUUGUCGACGCCGACUAUGACGUGCGUCGCUCAUACCUGGCGACAAGCAUCAAGGACGUCAUCAGAUUGUUUGGCGAGGAGAUCAUUCUCGUGUGGACAGCCAUGAUGAUCAAGAAGCGCAUCGUCAUCUACUCGGACAAGCUGACAUCGUUGCUCAAGGUCAUCAGAGCGAUCCCCCUCUUUGUCUUCCAUCGCCAGAACUGGUCGUUGCUCCGACCCUUUGUCACACUGGACGAGAGCGAGCUUAAGGAUCUCACCACUGCCGGUGUCUACGUCGCUGGAUUCACUGAUGCCUCCAUCAAAUCACGUGAGGAACUGUACGAUAUACUUGUCGAUCUGAACUCUAAAGAGGUUAGCGUUGCAUCACAUUGCAAGGAUCAGUUCUCAUUGGGAUCGAUUCAUAAGGAUGUGUUGAAGAUGUUGUUGGCGGCAUUGGAUGAUGAGGAGGUCAGUGACCAGGCCGUUAUCAAGGGUCUGUCCAACAAGGUCAAGGAUCUGCUUGGCAAGCUCGACACACUCAGAGUGGACAAUGGCGAGGGCAAGCAAGUGAUCACAUUGGAGAACCUGCAAGAGAGGAAGCUGCCACCCGGCAUGGACAAGUUCCUCUUCAACGUUGCCACUGCUGAAGGUCUCAAUGGAUAA